UUGUCCAUAUUAUUAAUAAGUAAUAAAAAUGAAAGACAAAAGACAAAUGUAUAAGCUUUACAAAUCAUCUUCCAAUGAAAGCAACUCUUCUGAAGAAUCCUAUCCAGAGGAAAAGAAGGAAGACUGCAAGUCUGAUGAAAGCGGAUCAAGUAAGAAGAUCGAAUUCUCUUCAUCCUCUGAGAUGGAAGAGUACUACAAAUCAUGCAUGACCGAAAGUCCACUUUAUUCUUCUCUCAAUCUCCCAAUGAUUGUUGAGGAAGAGGCAGAGUCUGAAUAUGGCAAACCUAUCGCAGAUUUGAAUCUUGAGUCUGAUGAUGAAGAUGAUUCACCCUUCUUCGUUGUGCCAAACAGCAAGUUAUCCUUUGAAGAUAGAUGUGAAUACUCUGGUUUGAUGAAACAAAUCUGGAAUCACAGCAAAUAAUUGAGCUACAUUAGCCUAAUUUGAACAAUUACUUGGAAGAGUAUUCUCGCUAAAGAGUUUUACUGUCCUCAUUGGUUCUUAAA